AUGUCCUCUACCUCCGAUUCCCAUACGACAUUCACCAGUCCAUACACUCAUAAUGUCGUCGGUGGAAGUGCCUCAAACUAUAUAAAAAAGGUUUUGGACGACUUGGUUCAUAUUCCAUCUCGACGUCCCCCGCAAAAAUUGUUUGCUUCGACCAUAAUGGACAGUAUGAUUUUGGCGGACGUUAGUAUUGGAUCAAUGGCAGAGGAGCCUGCGCGCUUGGAAGGCAAGGUUGUUAUACAGCUCGUAGUAAAUGAAGGCUCGUCUGUGUAUUCUGAACAUAUGCUCAAUCUAGCCAACACCGUUCACGGUGGUUGUAUUGCGUACUUUGUCGACUUUUGUUCCUCACUUGCAUUAGUAGCAUUGGAUGUACAUCAAAAUAACGACUACACUCUCAGUGUCUCACAAGCACUCAACAUCGUCUUUCACUCGCCUGCGGCACUUGGUGAAACGAUCCGGAUAGUAAACAUGAGUGUUAGCUCAGGCGGAAGAUCUGCUACUGGCAGAACAGAGAUCUGGAAUGACAGUCAUAAACGUAUCAUAGCCUCCGGCACUCACAUCAAGAUGCUUCCUUCCAAAUCCAAGGUUAAAUUGUAG